GACAAUGAAAUGGCGAUCUUCUCAGUGAAACGGCUACUAACCACAAGUCUCUUAUUAGCUUUAAUGGUAUCUCUCUCUCACGGGAGACUGAAUCCCAGCUUUAAAAUUAAAGCUGUAAAUCUUGGAGGUUGGCUUGUUACGGAAGGAUGGAUCAAGCCUUCUCUUUUCGAAGGAAUUCCCAACAAAGAUUUCUUGGAUGGAGCUGUACUUCAGUUUAAGUCAGUCACAGUUGGGAAGUAUCUUUGCGCUGAGUUGGGUGGAGGAACCAUCUUAGUAGCAAAUCGGACAUCUGCCUCACGAUGGGAAACGUUUAAAAUGUGGAGGAUCAAUGAAACCCAUUUCAACUUCAGGGUAUUUAACAAACAAUUCCUAGGAUUGGACACCAGUGGCAAUGGGACUGACUUAGUAGCCAUCUCCAACACGCCAGGCAGAUUGGAGACAUUUGAGAUUGUGAAAAACUCGAAUGAUUCUACACGUGUUAGGAUAAGGGCUUCCAAUGGGUUCUUCUUGCAGGUGAAAACAGGGGAGCUACUGACAGCCGAUUAUGCCGGUGGCAGCAACUGGGGAGACGAUGACCCAUCAGUAUUUGUAAUGACAAUUCCUGGAAAGAUGCAGGGAGAGUUCCAAGUCACUAACGGUUAUGGCCCCAAACUAGCCCCAGGAGUUAUGAGGGAGCAUUGGAGGACGUUCAUAGUGGAAAAAGAUUUCAAGUUCAUAUCUGAAAAUGGACUAAACGCUGUAAGAAUACCUGUUGGUUGGUGGAUAGCAAUCGAUCCAUCACCUCCAAAGCCUUAUGUAGGAGGUUCUCUUCAAGCGUUAGACAAUGCCUUCUCAUGGGCAGAGAAGUAUAAGGUGAAAGUAAUUAUCGACUUACAUGCAGCCCCUGGAUCUCAAAAUGGUUUUGAACACAGCUCCUCUAGAGAUGGCUCCCAAGAAUGGGGCCUAACAGAUUCAAAUAUACAACAAACAGUUAAAGUUAUAGAAUUUCUCACUGCGAGGUACGCCAAGAGCCCAAGCCUGUAUGCAGUAGAGCUCAUGAACGAGCCUCUCUCGCCAGGAGUAACUCUACAUAGCUUGACCAAGUAUUACAAGGCAGGUUACGGUGCAGUUCGCAAGCACUCCUCAACAGCUUAUGUGGUGAUGUCAAAUAGAAUAGGACCAUCUGAGCCAAGAGAACUAUUCCCUCUAGCCAGUGGCUUAACUGGAACCGUAAUUGAUAUCCAUUACUACAAUCUCUACUCUAACAUAUUUGACAACAUGACUGUCCAACAGAACAUUGAUUACAUCCACACUAAUCGGUCGGCUCAGUUACACUAUGUCACCGCUUCAAAUGGACCUCCAAUCUUUAUUGGGGAAUGGGUGGCAGAGUGGCAAGUUUCAGGGGCAACAAAUGAGGAUUACCGGAGAUUUGGUCAGGCCCAAUUAGAGGUAUAUGGGCGAGCAACUUUUGGUUGGGCUUACUGGACCCUUAGGAAUGUGAACAGCCACUGGAGCCGGGAGUGGAUGAUCAACAAUGGCAACAUCAAGCUUUAGGUCUUUUACAUGUCAGCCAAAAAAUACUUUUGAAAAAAAAAAAAUGAAUGCAUGAUUAUAUUUUAUGAACGUCUAUUGAAGACUAAAGGAAACUAAGCAGAACAAACAAACAAAAAAAAGGGAAAAGAGCAAGCUAAUCUAUUGAAGACUAAAGCUAAAAACAAGUAGGAUGGGGAGAAUUGACGUCUAAAAUGGCCAAAUCCUCCUCGCUCAACACUGCAAAGUUUCAGUUUUUCUAGAAGACAAGAGUGAAACUUAGGAAAAAAAAUGUUUUGACUUUUGGAAAUGGUGUGGUAUUGAACCUGAUCAUCAUGUACACUAAAAGACAUUGAAGUGGAUUUUAUUUUAUUUUA